AGACUUUCUUCAAGAGACUGAAGUCUACAUUUCAUUUCACGACCGUUUCCUCUCCUUUCCCCGCCCCUUGUCAACAAUGGCGGGUCUCUACGCCUCUCUAAGGCCGCAACCACCGUCCUCAGCCUCUACUACCCAUUCUUUCACCGCCAAGCUCCUUCUCCUUCUCACUCUCCUUCCUCUAUCCCUCUCACUUUUAGCUUUUGUCCUCCAAUGGCGUGGCGGGGGUGUCGACGAUCCAAUAUCGCGGUGGUCCCCUGAAGAGUCUCACAAGUUCCCGGGAAUGGACAGCUCUCCUCUUGCCACCGUAGGUCACUCGUCCCACUCAUCUGAUUGCUCCCUGCUUGGCCAACGGAAUUCGGCGUUCUUCUCUUAUUACAAGGACUCACAGUUCAAUAUUGUAUCAGAUCUAAAACCCAAGAUAUGUAUUACAACAAGUACGUCCGGCGGCUUAGACCAAAUUCUUCCAUGGAUGUUCUAUCAUAAAGUUAUUGGCGUGACAACAUUUUUACUUUUUGUCGAAGGGAAGGCUGCAUCUCCUGAAGUAUCCAAAGUGCUUGAGUCUAUUCCUGGAGUAAAAGUAAUUUACAGAACCAAAGAGCUAGAGGAGCAACAGGCUAAGAGCCGGAUUUGGAAUGAAACAUGGCUGUCAAGUUUCUUUUACAAACCUUGCAACUAUGAGCUUUUUGUGAAGCAAUCUCUAAAUAUGGAGAUGGCUAUUGUAAUGGCAAGGGAUGCUGGCGUUGAGUGGAUAAUUCAUCUAGACACAGACGAGUUAUUACACCCAGGUGGUGCUCGUGAGUAUUCUUUGCGACAGUUACUACUAGAUGUGCCUUCAAACGUGGAUAUGGUUGUCUUUCCAAAUUAUGAGAGCAGUGUGGAACGGGACGAUGUCAAGGAUCCUUUUACAGAGGUAUCAAUGUUCAAGAAGAAUUAUGAUCAUCUAACAAAAGAUACAUAUUUUGGGAUGUACAAAGAAGCAACUCGCGGCAAUCCGAACUACUUUCUAACUUAUGGUAAUGGGAAGUCAGCUGCUCGUAUACAAGAGCAUCUUCGUCCCAAUGGAGCCCACAGGUGGCACAAUUACAUGAAAUCUCCAAAUGAGAUUAAAUUGGAAGAGGCUGCUGUUCUUCAUUACACAUAUUCAAAGUUCUCAGAUUUAACUUCCAGAAGAGAUCGAUGUGGUUGCAAGCCUACAAAGGAGGAUGUCAAAAGAUGCUUCAUGUUGGAGUUUGAUAGAUCUGCAUUUAUUAUUGCUUCAACUGCAACAGAGGAGGAGAUGCUGAACUGGUACCGUGAACAUGUAGUCUGGAGUGAUAAAAUACUUAACAUGAAACUAUUGAGAAAGGGCAUUUUGACUCGUAUUUAUGCUCCCAUGGUGAUCAUCCAAGGACUGAAAGAGUCUGGUGUGUUUGGGUCCAUCAUCACAUCUGCCCAGAAAAGUCUCUCAAAUGACAUGGUUUUAGCAUCCAUUAAGAGGGUGGGCAAUUCCACAAGAGCAGUUGCCUCUCAAUCGCUUCCAUCAAGAAAGAUUGGCCGGAACCAAGUUUCUCAGGUGGUGAUGGUUAGAAAAACAUUACAGGUGAUAGAUCCGUCCUUCCUGGCUCACCUGCCAGCUGUCCCUCCAUUGUCUCCCCCCAGCAUAGACCAUUAUUGAAGGCCUGUGUCUCAUUCUUUUGGUCUGAUGACUUUGAUCUACAUAACCAUUCCGAUCAUUACUCAAGCGGAGAUGUAAAUGCAUGCUGGAGAUUCGAGGGGGUAUCAGAUCCUUGUGCUUGUGUAUAGGAAAUACCAGUUAACCCGUGUUUCGGUCAUUCUAACUGUAUUUUUGUGAUGGAUUUGUAUUGGUGUAUCAUAUUUUGGUUACUGCCCGGUGGGUCUAACGUGUAAUGGUGAAGUAAUUGGUUCUGUUAUCCGAUUCAUGAGAAACAUUUGUUAAAGUGACUCUUGCAGUUCACAUCAAAGAAAUACAUAAUGAUGGUGUAAUGGCAUGGGGAAUUUCCAACAAAGCAAAGCCUUUUAAAAGGAAACCUAUGACC